AUGACGAUCCGCGUUGUUCCAAGUCAUACGUUGAAGUAUGCGGCUACAUUGUAUGAAAAGGCCAAAAAACACAAGCUCCAGACCAAUCCACUUCUAGUACGUGUCGAGGUGAAAGCUGGUCAUGGUGGAGGGAAGCCUACUGAGAAAUUGAUAGCUGAACUUGUUGAUGUGUACAGUUUCCUGCAGAGGGUUCUGAACCUUGAAUGGAAAGACUGA